AUGGAUAAUAAUGAAAAUAUUAACAAUUUAAAAUUAUUAAUAAAUAAAUUAGAAGAGUUAAAGAAGCUUGGAAAUGAAGAAUUUUUAAAAUAUGACAAAUCAAAUGAUGAUUUAAACAAGAGGGCAGUAACCUAUUAUUCAAUAGCAAUAGAAUUAUUUAAUGAAAAAUUUGGAACUUUAAAAGAGAACGAAAGUGAGGAUACCAUUAAAGAAGUUUAUAAACUGUUAUCAAUCAUUUACUCAAAUCUAGCACUAUGCUAUUUAAAUGGAUAUGCAGUAGAUAAAGCAUUAGAAUGCUCAACCAAUGGUAUCAAGUAUGACAAAGAUAAUUCUAAAUGCUAUUACAGACAGGCUCUAUCAUAUCAGCAUCUAUGCAACUAUAAAGAAGCCUUAAAAUCCAUUGAAUCCGGUUUAGCAGCAACAACAGCCAAUGACAAAUCUUUGAAACAACUAAUGACGAAUGAAAAAAGAGAAAUUCAAUUAAAAAUUAUAAAGAGAAAUAAAGAGGAAAAAGAUUGUAAGGAUAGAAUUAAAAGAGAUUUUGAUCAAUUUAAUCAGUUUCCUGUAGAGUUGGUAUGGUCAGAUCAGUUUGGUAGAAGAGUACUAGCCUCUGAAGAUUUGCCAAAAGGAUCAAUGUUAUUGAGAGUGUCUCCAUUUGGUUCGUGUUUAGAAGAUGAUAAAAUAUUCAAAAACUGUGGCUUUUGCUACAAGAAAAUCGAAAAAUCCAAAAGAGAUCAAUGUAAAUGUAAAAUUUGUAAUAACUUUUUAUUAUGCGAAAGAUGCUCCACCACAGACCCAUUUGCAUCAGAGUACCAUAAAGAAGAAUGCGAUAUUUUACAAUUUUUAAAAGAAUACUAUCCAUCCACCGAAACUAAAGAUUUUAGAUUCAUGUUUAGAGUUGUAUUAAAUGCACUAAAAGAAAAGAAAUUCCAAUCAUUCAAAAAAGAAAAUUGUUCUAGCAAUUGGAAAAAACAUGAACAUCCAUUUAUAUUUGACGAGUACCAAGAUUUAGAAAACCUUUCAAGAACUUUAGAUAAAGUAGACCCACAACAAAUGGAGGCAUUUAAAAGAUCAGCAUCAUCUAUUAUAGCGGUUAUAUCAAAACUUCGUGGUGAAGAUGCAAUUCUCAAAUAUAUAACCUUAAAUGAAAUUAUUGAACUCUACAGUAUAGUCCUUUCAAACGGCCAUGAAAUGUUACAUCCAUUGACAUGUCGAAGUUAUGGUAUGGGUAUAUUCCCAACAGGAAGCUACUUGAAUCACUCAUGUUCACCCAAUGCAUUUUGGUAUAAUGAUGAACAAGGCAUGAUGGUGUUUCGUAGUUUAAGACCACUUAAAAAAGGUGAAGAGCUUUUAACAUCGUAUACUGACGUCACCAAUCCAUUAGAAGACCGUAGAAAAUAUCUAAUGAAGCAAUAUUUCUUCUUUUGUCAAUGCAAUCAAUGUCAGUAUCAAUCAAACCUAGUAACCCCAAACUGCACCACCUGUAAAGAGAAUUUAACAAUCGAUAAAAAUUUUAAAUUUCAAAUUCCACAAAAUAGCAAUGAAUCUGGCUUUAUUUAUAAAUGUUCUAAAGGUCACAUAACAAAAGAUCAAGGCGCCAACAACAACCCCGAUCAAGAUUAUGAUGAUGAAGAUGACAAUAAGAAAUACGACUAUAAGACAUUCAAAUACAUUGAAAAAUAUUCAAAAUUAAUCGAAAAUCGUUUUAAAAUCAAAUGUGGCGAAAUGAAGAUACCUAAAAACCUAUCGAUCAACCAACAAUACCAACUAACCAGAAUGCCCGAUCAUGUUAUCUAUCGUCUGUACUUGGAUGAAUUAGAAAGAUGCUUACAGGGUAACCCAUGCAACCUAAAGUCUGAUCAAAUGUUAACAAACAAUUUAAUCCAAUACUAUUAUAAACUAUUUUGCUCAUUAAAAAAAGAAAGACCCACAGAUACCAAACAAAUUCAAGAUUGCAGAAAAAAAAUUUUAGAUUUAUUAUAUCCAAUUAUAAAUUUACCAACAUCACACCACAAAAUCUCCAUCGAGAAUAAAUUAAAAUAA